ACCUAAAGUUUGCGAGAAUUCGACUCUAAGCAGUGGCCUAACGUCACUUGGACCCCUAUACUGUAUCAAAAUUACCCAAAUUAAGGUUAAAUAUAUAUUUUUUUUUAGUUUACCCCCGAAAAUCACCCUUCAGAUUUAUUCACACUGUACCACGCUCCGUACGUUUGGGCCAUAGGAUUACACCAUCUUACCAAAUUUCAUUUGAUUUGGUCUAAGUGUAGUAGAUUCGGAGUGAAUUGUCUGUGACAAAAGGGUUAUUUGAUUUUUUGAACGGAAACCUAAAAAAUUACAAAAAUGCUUCUAGUACUUCUGAAGGAGAAAAGGCUGUAUAAAAGGAUGUCAAGCCAAGGAGUCUUCAGUUCAGAUCAAGCAUCUUCUUCAAACAACAUCUCAAAUAUUUCUGAACUCCCAAGAAGCAUGCAUCCUGCGAUGUGCGCGCUGCUGCUGGCGGGGUGCUGCCUGGCCCACUACCACGGUGGCUACGAGGCCCGCUCCAACCUCAUAGAAAGAGAAGAACCGCAGGAUGACCUGGAUGGGGACUUGGUGGAGUGUCCCGUGUGCGUGGGUUCCAGCAACAGCGAGUGGCUGCCGAGCAACGAAGUGUGUCCCAUCGUGAGGGGGGACAAGAGAUACAAACGCUGCCAGCUCGGCACCUACGUCAACACGGUCUGCGACAACCGGCUUGACUGCUACCGGGGUCCAAAAGAACAAUGCACAGAGAAAAUGGACUUCGAUAUCUACGGGCAAAAGUGUGCGCCAGGGUACUACUGCAACAAGUACCUGGGUGUAUGCACUGGCCUCGAAUACAACGUGGAGAGCAAAACCCAGUGGCUUCUCAAUCCGCAUCAUCGGUACCCUCUGAGAGCCCGACGAAGUAUCUGAACCAUAAACAACGAAGAGUACAGAAAGGACGCUGAAUUGAAAAAAAAACAAUAAAUUUAAAACGACCAGUAUUAUUCUCACUUAUAUAAAAAAACAACUAAAAUAGGUACUUAAUGGUAUAUCUAUGAAUAAGAUUUUGAUAAGAAUUUAAUUAAAUGGAUUUCAAUAAUUCUAGGUACUUGCAUUACGUCUUAUCUACUUGAAAAACCUUAGAACAUAGUUCCAGGUAAAAAUAUUUAAAUGUAUGUAUAUAUCAUUUAAUAUUUAUUUUUUUACUUGUUGUAGUCAUUUUACAUAGUACGAGUACAUAUACAUAACUAGUUAUUUUGUCAAUAAAGAACUAGAUAUACCUACACUGUUCCAUGCAAAAUCAAACAAAAUUACUAUUACAACUAGUGCUAGUCCCGGCUUCGCUCUGGUAAAACCAUUAUAAUAAAAAAGUGGCCUAAGUUACUCCUAAAGUUUUCGUCUGUCUUUGUGUCAAAUUUCAUCAAAAUCGGCAGUAGUAUUUAAAUGUAUUCAUUACAAACAAAAAAACUAAUCUUUUCUCUAUUAUUAGUAUGGAUAUUAGGUAUAUAAGUAUAGAUAUGGAUUGGUAUGGAUUAGGUAUACAAUUAUAUUAGGAAAAGUAUCCGAUUUUGGCCGGUUUUGGUAUAUAACCUAUUCAAUGCUACUUAAAUCAAAAGUUUGUACCUAGUUUUUUAUUCUUAAUCAAUUAUUAGAGCAACGUCUUACUUGCAAGCAACGAUUACUUAUAUGAUAUUGAUCUCAAUAAAGUUAAUUGGAUGAA